GUCUUUUUCAAUGUUUUAUCCUCUCUCUCUCAACACUCUCAAAGCGCACGCUUUCCCUGCAUAUAAACUCCCUCAACACCUCCAUUUUCCUACAUACAAAGCUCCACUCCUCGUCCAUACUCACCAAAACACAUAAAAAAAAUGGUGGCUGAAUCACCCGUUAGCGGCCCUAAUCUGAUCAACAUGAGGGGCUUCGCAAUCCAAGUCAUCACCGGCCGGUGGUUCAUGGUCUUCGCUUCACUGCUGAUCAUGGCCGCCGCGGGUGCAACUUACAUGUUUUCCCUCUACUCAAACGAGAUCAAAGAAUCCCUUGGUUACGACCAAUCGACGCUCAAUCUCCUCAGCUUCUUCAAAGACUUAGGCGCCAACGUCGGCGUUCUUUCCGGUCUCAUCAACGAGGUGACCCCCCCGUGGGUGGUUCUCUUUAUUGGAGCAAUAAUGAAUCUUUUCGGCUACGCCAUGAUUUGGCUUGCAGUGUCGAAAAAAAUCGCUAAGCCUCGGGUUUGGCUGAUGUGUUUAUACAUUUGCAUUGGUGCCAACUCUCAGUCUUUCGCCAACACUGGCGCUCUAGUUACUUGUGUGAAGAAUUUUCCUGAGAGCCGCGGCGUCGUUUUGGGGAUUUUAAAAGGCUAUGUUGGUCUCAGCGGCGCCAUAAUCACUCAGUUGUAUCAUGCCUUCUAUGGGGAUAAUACUAAAGCUUUGAUUUUGCUUAUCGGUUGGCUUCCGGCAGCCAUUUCUAUUAUUUUUCUCAGGACUAUUCGGAUAAUGGAGGUCGUCCGCCAGCCGAAUGAGCUGAAAGUGUUUUACAAUUUUCUCUAUAUAUCUCUAGGCCUUGCCGGGUUUUUAAUGUUAAUAAUCAUCAUAGAGAAACAGUUCACUUUCAAUCAAGGGGAGUAUGGCGGAAGCGGAGCCAUGGUUAUUUUCUUGCUCUUUUUGCCUCUACUUGUUGUUGUGAUAGAAGAAUACAAGCGAUUGAAAUUGAAACAAAUCAUCUUGAAUGAUUCUCGUCCGAUCAACGUAGUCUCAGAUGAGAAACAGAUUGAAAAGACGGCUUCAACAUCACCGCCACAGCCGCAACUGCCACCGUCAACUUCCACCGAGAAAAGUUCAAUGGAACCUGCAGUAGCAGUUCCGCCAGAGAAACACAAACAACCUUCAUGCUGGACAACUUGUUUUCAGCCACCAGACAGGGGAGAAGACUACACAAUUCUUCAAGCUCUCUUUAGCAUGGACAUGCUGAUUCUCUUCGUCGCUACAAUAUGCGGUGUCGGUGGAACCUUAACGGCGAUCGACAAUAUGGGUCAAAUCGGAAGUUCACUGGGAUACCCGACUAAAAGCAUAAGCACUUUCGUUUCACUCGUCAGUAUCUGGAAUUAUCUCGGCCGAGUUUUCGCCGGUUUUGUCUCCGAAAUCAUUCUUGUCAAAUACAAAUUUCCUCGCCCUCUCAUGCUCACAAUCAUCCUCUUAAUAUCCUGCGUCGGUCAUCUUCUCAUAGCCUUCAAUGUCCCCAAUGGGUUAUACGUAGCAUCAAUUAUCAUCGGCUUCUGUUUCGGCGCUCAAUGGCCAUUAGUUUUCGCCAUAAUUUCCGAAAUUUUCGGCCUCAAAUAUUACUCAACCUUGUACAAUUUCGGGGGAUCCGCCAGCCCCGUUGGCUCAUAUUUGCUAAAUGUGAGGGUGGCCGGACAUUUAUAUGACAGAGAAGCCGAGAGGCAACUGGUGGCAGCGGGACUCACCAGGAAGGACGGCAAAGAUCUUACAUGUGUCGGAGUUGAGUGCUUCAAAUUGUCUUUUAUUAUAAUUACGGCGGCAACUUUGUUUGGUUGCCUAAUUUCACUGAUUUUGGUGCUGAGGACGAGGAAAUUUUACAAGAGUGACCUCUACAAGAAGUUCAGAGAAGCUGCAAAAACUGCAGAGAUGGAAAUGGCGAUGGAAAAUCGAAAUGGAGUUCGGUCAUAGGAGACAAAUUUCAAGAUCAUUAUAUUGGAUAAAUUUAGUAUAAAAAAAUAUUGAACUGAAUUCCACAUUUAUACUAUUGUGGAUUUUGUUUGUAUAUUUCCACUCCAGAGUGAUCAACAUUUUCUAUUUUAGCGGGAAAAAAAAACAUUUUCCCAUCCACUUAUUAAAUGUAUUAAGCAUACUUAAUAAAAUCUAAUUACGAAAA